AUGUCUGCUGAAGAAAUCGCGCAGGCGUUUGUGGGUCACUUUUACAAUUCGUUCGACACCAAUGUGGAUUCCCUUGCUAGUCUGUUCCAACCUUCUUCGAUGAUGUCUUUUGAAGGACAACAGUUCCAAGGACCGGAAAAUAUCAUCAACAAGCUGAAAGGAACCGGGCAGGUGCAACAUACGGUCAAGUCCACGGACGUGCAGCCGUCAAGCAAUCCCAACGCCAUUCUCAUUUUCGUUACUGGUAGCAUUAAAAUCGGCGGAGACAAUCCACUGCACUUUUGCGAAAUGUUUCAACUCGUGUCAACUGCGCCAGGUGCAUACUAUGUGCACAACGAUAUCUUUCGGUUGAACUAUGGCCUGUAA